AUGAUCAACGCCGGAAACAGCAACAAUGGCCUCCUGGCGUCCGGCGGCAACAUGACCCCACCCGCCCAUGACAAGCAGCCACCAUCUGCUCCCAAAAAGACUGCACUCCGGGACGUGCAGAACGAAAAUGCAGGAACAACCCCAAAGCAGCAUGAGAGCCUACUUGUGGGGAAACCGAACGGAGAUUCUAUCAAGGUCUGUGGGACCAAGCGUCUCACGCCCGAGCGCGCUCCGGCCCCCCACAGCCUCCCGUCGUUGGCCCACAACAACAACAAUGGGACCAAUCAGAAUGUGAUGAAUGCACGCAGGAGGUUCGAGCUGGAGCUGGGCCGGGGGAGGCUUCAAAACAACAUUGAGAGGUUCUCGGAGUUGAAGAAUGUGGGGGAUCAACCGAGGCAGGAAGCCCCUCAGAUGAGGAAUGUUGGUAGUGGUAAUCGUGCACCGGUGAACACAUCAGGUAAUCUGACAGCAGCUUUGGCUUUCCCGAGCAAUGGUUCUUCACUUCCCGUUUCUUCAGUUAAGCAAGGUAAUGGCGGUGAGGUGGGUUCUGCUAAGGAUGCAGAGGUUUCCCGUGUAGUUGAGGCGAAAGUGAUGGGUGAGCAGGUGAGAGCCGAGCGUUUUGUUCGACUCCAGAAGUUUCUUAAGCAAUGCGAUGAGACAAGUCAAAGAGAGUACACUCAGAGGCUUCUGCAUUUGCCCCCUUCUGAGCUUAGCAAGCAUGCCGUGGAGUUGGAAAAAAGGGCGAUCCAGUUGACUAUUGAGGAAGGCAAUGAGAUGCAACGGAUGCGGGCCAUGGAUAUAUUCGGGAAAUCUUCUCCAGCAAACAACAUGCUACAAUCAAAUCAGUUGCAACCCCAUAAGCCUUGGCAGUGA